AUGGUAGCAGCUGAACCAGUCCCCGAUGAAAAUGGGGAAAUUGAGCCAAGUUUUUCGGAUUCUGAGUACAGUUACGUUGAAUCAGCAUCUGACGAAGAACUAGUCGGUGAUGUCCUAAGUAAGAAGCCGCUAGAAAGUGAGUAUGAACAUUGUUGUAUCAUUGUUGCUGGCAUUCCUCAAGUUGGUGAGGAUCGUCUGCCGAAGUUGAAAAGUGUUCUGGGGAAACUAUUUGCUCGAAUUCAUGAUCAAUAUAAUGAUUACUACCCAUUAGAUAAAGAUGGCAAAACCAAGGGUUAUUGUUUUGUGGAAUAUCCAUCUAGUGAGGUGGCUGAGAAUGCGACUAUAAUAUUGGAUGGUUAUGUGCUAGAUAAGAAUCAUACGUUCUCGGCGAACGUCUUCUUGGAUUUGAACAAAUUUGAGGCACCCGAUCCAAAUUGGAAAGCACCCACUGCUAGACAAUACACAGACUUUGGUGAUCUUUGGUGGUGGUUACAAAAUGAGAAAUGCUAUGAUCAAUUUGCGGUGCAUUACGAACGUGAGACAACAAAAGGCGCAACUGGGAUCAGUCCAUUCGUCAGUGUUUAUGAAUAUCGAAAGGGUCAAGAUCCACUUUUAGCCGGUUCAAAUGCUGAACGUCAGACGUGGACGGUAAGUGUUUUCAAAUGGUCACCGUAUGGAACGUUCUUGGCGAGUGUUCAUCCAAUGGGUAUUGCGCUAUGGGCUGGUGAAAAUUUUGAUCGUUUUAUUCGAAUGCAGCAUGAAAACGUUAUGAUGUUUGAUUUUUCGCCAUGUGAAAGAUUUGUGGUGACAUAUGCACCACCGGAAAAUCGUUGGGUUGAAGAUGCGAACUCGUUGCGUAUAUUCGACGUGCAUACCGGUGAAAUGCGUAAAGGGUUUUCAUUACUGCAUCAACAACGUGACCACAAUUCACUUCCGUGUUGGCCAUAUUUUCAGUGGUCAUCCGAUGAGAAAUAUGUGGCAUGCUUAAAGCCAGGAGGUAACGGAAUAAGCGUUUAUGAAACGGAGCAUUUCACAUUAUUGGAUAAAAAGCAUAUAACCAUUGACGGAUUACGCUCGUUUCAAUGGUCACCGACCAGACCUGUGAUUGCCUACUAUUGUGAGGAGCGGACAGCGGAGAGUGCACCAGCGGAGAUUGGUUUAAUGGAGAUCCCAUCACGAAUAAAAUUACGUGCACAACGCAUCUUCUCGGUCUCAGAAGUAGAGCUGUUCUGGAAUCGAAAUGGUGAUCGUUUGGCCGCACAUACGGAACGUUAUCAGAAGAAGAACGUCAAAAGUUCGGGUGGCAUUGAGGACAUUAAAUAUUCGAAGCCAACAUCGCAUAUUGAAAUAUUUGAUGCACGUGAAAAAGAUGUUUCGGUUUUGUCGAUGCAACUUUCUGAAUCGUACGUAUCAUUUGGUUGGGAACCAUCAGGUGAUAAAUUUUGUGUGCUGGUUGGAAGUCAGCAUAAGUCGACGCCGUUGAUAUAUGUGCUAGAUUCGUCGAAGCACGUCCCUCAACUAAUAUCCAAGUUCGAACCAUCCGAACGUUUCACAAAUGUCUCGUGGGCACCAAAUGGCGGUUGGUUGGUUGUUUAUUCAGCGAAUACAACUUCGGGGGCAAUCAUGUUCAUCGAUAGUAAUGGCACUGAACCAACUCGUACGAUGCUUGUCGAAUAUCCGGGAUUUAGCAAGGGCUAUUGGGAUCCAACAGGUCGUUAUUUUGCGGCGGUCUAUACGACAGGUGGUGGAAAAGGUGGUGAUACGGGUUAUCGUUUAUUUACGUUUCAAGGGAAGGAGUUAUUCCGGAAAAAUUUGGAUCGAUUAAUGCAGUUCAAAUGGAGACCGCGUUUGCCGGUCAAGUUACCUGACGCAACCAUUAAGUUGAUUAGGAAAAAUCUGAAAUCGACCUCAGCGAAAUUCGAAGAAGAAGAUAAACGUGAGCGUGGUAGAGCGUCACAGGAAGUAAUAGCAAAGAGAAGGAAAGUGAUGGAUGAAUUCAAGAAAGUUCGAGCGAAGCAUGCGAGUGCUUAUGAUCAAGAUGCUAAUCUACGUCUGAAAUUGAGAGGUGGGGCAGCGUCUGCUAGGUUGGAUUCAGAGGAAUUAGUUGAUGAGACAAUAAUGGUACCGUUGACGACUGAAAAAAUCAAAUUACAAGAAGCUACGAUCGAGGAAGAGUAA